AUGUUCGGUUUUCAUCUCAGCUACCAGUGGCUUCACUACACUCGACCUUCAGGACCUCCAUCUACAGUCCCCGAAGGCCUCGAGCGUCACUGGGUAAACACACCACAAGGCCGAAUCGAGGUCCUCUCCAACACCCCAUCAAUCACCAAAAAGUUCAAUGGUCCUCCCAUAGUCUUCUGCCAUGGCGGAAUGGGCUGCGCGUGGGUAUGGGCAGAAUACAUGCAAUAUCUAGCAGCGCGCGGUGUCCAAUGCUAUGCAGUCUCACUGCGCGGCCACGGCGAAUCAUGGCAUCCAUCGUAUUUCCGCAUGGUUUUUGCAACGCCUCGAAGUGCCUUGACUUCUGAUCUCGUUAUGGCUAUAGAGUGGGUGCAGACGAAGGAGGAUAGUGAGGUUAUGCUUGUUGGACAUUCAAGCGGUGGUGGUUUGAGCCAAGGUGCUCUUAGCGAUGGAUUGGCUAAUGUGAAAGCACUUGCUUUGCUGGGUGCAGUCCCAGGAUUUGGAUCAAUGGGCGUGUAUAUGAAUUGGUGGAAGAUGGACCCAUGGUUCACAAUACGACUAAUCUUCCAUCUCUGGCACUCCAACUCACCUCUCUCCCACCCAAAGCUCACUCAAAGAGCCUUCUUUGGCGACAAGUUCCCUCUCUCAUCCGUCAUCCCUUUCCAACGCCAUAUGAACCGCUAUGAGAGUUACUUGUGGCCUUUCAGCAUGAUGUACAGCUUCACGUCGCCAUCAAACAUAUUGAGUCAUAUUCGCAAUGACGGCGCGAGCGGCGAAAAGGUGCUCGUCAUGGCAGGUACUCAGGAUAAGCUCAUGACAGGUCCCGUGACGGAGAAGACAGCGACAUUUUACCGUGAGGCUGGAAAUGACAAGCGAGAUGGUGUAAGAUUAGAAUUCGUUGAGGGAGCAGGGCAUCAUUUACAGAACGAUGUUCAAUGGGAAGAUGGUGCAGAGAAGUUGUUCGAGUUUUAUAAAGGUAUUGCAUGA